CCGACAAUCUGACCAAUUUCUUUCGACAAUUCUUCUCAGUAAAGUAGAAUUUCUAUAAGCAAAGUUCUUUUAUUCCAUGAAUAAUGGCUCUCAGUCUAAACACGAAUAUCAUCAUAGUUACUAUCGUAUUCUCUGCACUCGCACUCAUUGUCGUUGUAUUGAGAUUCGUAACUCGUCUCAAAAAAGGAGUCCCGUUGGCACUCGAUGACUUCUUGAUAUUACCUGGACUGCUGUUCACCCUCGCCUUAGGGGCUUGUACUCUCUGCGGUGCAUACCUUGGACAUCUCGGUGAACAUGUAACUGUCAACUCACAUGGUGUCCCUGAGUACGGCGACUGGGUCCAUAGCUUUAGCAAGAUUGAAUGGGCCGGCAUACUGAUAUCUAUCUUGGCUUUCGCAUUCAUCAAAGCUUCGCUCGUCCUCUUCUAUAGACGCAUAUUUCGAGGUGACCGAUUUUAUCUCAUCACUGCCAUCCUUCUCGGCAUUAUAUGUUGCUGGGGAGUAUCUUUCUUCGUCGCUAUUCUUCUAGAGUGCACUCCAGUUUCUCAAGCAUGGCUCCCCCAGCUAGAAAGGACUGGCCACUGUUACAACCCCCUUCCAGCAUUUGCAGGUAUGGCCACAACAAAUAUGAUAAUCGACAUUGCAAUCUUAGCAAUUCCCCAGCCCAUCGUGUGGAAGUUGAAUAUGCCGCUCAGUCGACGGAUCGCAAUUAGUAUGAUCUUCCUACUGGGUGCAUUCGUUGUUGGUAUAAGUGCCGCACGAAUCUACUUCUACUAUUCGAUCGCCGCAAAUCCGAAGCUUGAAUACGAUGUUACAUACAACGCGGCACCCGCUUUCUACUGGACGAACCUCGACGCUUGCAUGGCCGUCAUCUGCGCCUCUCUACCCUCCGUACAUAUACUCAUAGCCGACUUGUCGCCGAGACACCUUCUUCGGAGUAUCGCGAGCAAAAUAUCACUACGCCCGUCGUCGAAGCGAAGUGGGAACAAUAGUUUACGAGAAUGGCAGGGUCAGUCAGGAGGAAACAGCACUUCAUCGGCCCAUCCCCUCGACAAGUACCCAGUAGAGACUAUGUCCCUAUCUAAGACUGACAUCACAGUCUAACGGCGUAUCACUUCAGGGUUAUUGGUCGCAUAAUGGGAUGUUUAUUUGGAAAUGGAGUUAAUAGUGAGCCAUGAUGGGGAAUCUAUAUUAUCUUUGGUAUUUAUCCACUAAAGCCCCUAGAGCAAGAACGCUUAUUAGAGCUAUCCAUGGAUGGCUUUAGUAAAUUAUAGCGCAUUACUCCAAAGGUUGGAUUUGAUAAGUAGACGCUAAAUCCACCAAAGGUAUAGCGCCUAAAAGCCCCUAAGCUCACUACCUUAUAACUAAACUUCUUUUAACCAUUAAACGGCGAAAAUACAUAAGCAACCAACAUUUUCACCAUAAAUACCCACCUACCAGUAUCUAAUAUGCUCUGGGCGAGACUCGCAAAAUGCCUGCUACUUAGGUAGACGCGACAUCUGACAGAUGCGGUGUGCAGUGCUGCAUGAGGUGUGCGUGACAGUAUCUGAAUGAUCCCUUACUGCAGGCUGUGCAGUUAUCAUCCUAGGUAUUUAUCUACUGGUAGCCCUACGUACCUGGUGUAACGACGGCGGAC